CACAUUCCGCUUCCACCACUGCUAGCCCCGGAGAAACUAGCAACCAUGAAGUGGAGGGUAUCCAUUUUCUUCGUCUUCCUGCUAAGGUUUGCUGAACCCAAAACGCUGCAUAGAAAUGAGUUUGGAAUAGCUUCCACGUUAGAUGCUCCCCAGUGCUCGACAGAGAAGAAUAUACUUAACCUCGCAACCAUCGCCUUUACCCAGUUUGUUCCGGAAGCCACUAUCAAGGAAGUAAGCAAAAUGAUAAGCGAUGUGCUGACUGCGAUUAAGAAACCCGCCAGUGAUGAGCAGCAUGGAGGGUGUUUAGAAAACCAGAUAUCUGUGUUUCUGGAUGAAAUCUGCCACGAGAAGGAGAUCUGUGACAAGUAUGGACUCUCGGACUGCUGCGGUCAAACUGGGGAGGGGAGACACCAGUGUCUGCUUGCGCGCAAGAAGACUGCUGUGGCCUCUGUCAUGCCCUUCAGCUUUCCAGAACCUGCCGAGAGCUGCAAAGCAUACAAAGAAAACAGGGAGAUGUUCAUGAACAGGGUCAUCUACGAAGUGUCAAGAAGGUACCCCUUCCUGUAUGCACCUACCAUUCUUUCCUUGGCUGCUCAGUACGACAAAGCAGUCCCAGCUUGCUGCAAAGCUGAAAACGCAGAGGAAUGCUUCCAGACAAAGAGGGCAUCAAUCGCAAAGGAAUUAAGAGAAGGCAGCUUGCUGAAUGAGCAUGUAUGUGCAGUAAUAAGGAAAUUUGGAUCCCGAAACCUCCAGGCCAUAACCAUUAUUAAGCUAAGUCAAAAGUUUCCCAGGGCGAAUUUUACUGAGAUUGAGAAGCUGGUCCUGGAUGUGUCCCACAUCCAUGAGGAGUGCUGUCUAGGAAACGCGCUGGAGUGCCUGCAGGAUGGGGAAAAAGUCAUGUCGUAUAUAUGUUCUCAACAAGAUAUUCUGUCAAGCAAAAUAGCAGAAUGCUGCAAAUUACCCACACUGGAACUUGGCUAUUGCAUAAUUAAUGCAGAAAACGAUGACAGACCUGAAGGUUUAUCUCCAAAUCUAAAUGGGUUUUUGGGAGAUAGAAAUUUUGGCCAAUUUUCUUCAGAGGAAAAAAUCAUGUUCAUGGCAAGCUUUCUUUAUGAAUAUUCAAGAAGACAUCCCAACUAUGCUGUCUCUGUCAUUCUAAGAAUUGCUAAAACCUACCAGGAGAUGUUGGAGAAAUGUUCCCAGCCUGAAAGCUCACUUGCAUGCCAGGACAAUGUGGAAGAAGAACUGCAAAAGCACGUCGAGGAGAGCCAAGCCCUGGCGAAGCAGAGCUGUGCUCUCUACCAGAAGCUGGGGGCCUACUACUUACAAAAGGAGUUCCUCAUUACUUACACAAGGAAAGUCCCUCAGAUGAAGUCAGCAGAGCUGAUAGACCUCACCGGGAAGAUGGUGGGCAUUGCAUCCACGUGCUGCCAGCUCAGCGAGGAUAAAUGGUCUGCCUGUGGUGAGGGAGCGGCUGACCUUUUCAUUGGACACUUGUGUAUACGACAUGAAGCAAACCCUUUGAACCCUGGCAUUGGCCACUGCUGCAACUCUUCAUAUUCCAACAGGAGGCCAUGCAUCACCAGCUUGGUGAUAGAUGAAAGCUAUGUCCCUCCGCCAUUUUCUGAUGACAAAUUCACCUUGACCAAGGAUCUGUGCCAAGCUCAGGGAAUAGCUCUGCAAACCAUGAAACAAGAGCUUCUCAUUAACCUUGUGAAGCAAAAGCCUCGCAUGACGGAGGAGCAACACGAGGCUGUCACUGCUGAUUUCUCUAGCUUUUUGGAAAAGUGCUGCCAAAGCCAGCAGCAGGAAGUCUGUUUUGCAGAAGAGGGUCCAAAGUUGAUUUCAAGAACUCGUGCUGCUUUGGGAGUUUGAAUUCCUCCAGAGGGAAGAGAGGACAAAAUGAGUUGAUACUUUGGCAAGAGUUUGGUUUAAUUGUAACUGACAAUACUUUAAUGACAUGGUGAAGACUUCCAUGUGAUAUUUCUCUACCUCAGAAAUAAAGACUUCCCAACUAGU